AUGUCGUCCAGAGUCACACGUUCAUCUGCGAGGCCCUCAGCAGGCUCCUCCAACGAGAAUCCACCGAACCCUUCCGCCCCUCCACCAUUCCACGCCCCGCCUGCCACCUCUCGCAAGCGGAAGAAGGCCACCACAGAGGCAAGCCCAGAGCAGUCUAACGAGGCAGGAGAGGCUCCACCUACGCGUAGUGCCCGUGCUAAGCGCACCAAGAUCGAGACUGAGAGCUCGUCUGCUGCAGCGCCGACUCGCUCUAAGAAGGCAAAGGGCAAAGCAGCCAUGUCGUCAUCUGGGCCUUCAGCAGAUCCGGUAGCGGAGAAAUCCUCACGGCGAGGGAAAGGCGGCCGCAAGAGCUCAGGUCAAGGUGAUAACUCGUGGCGUCAGUCAGGAUCCUUGCUACGUGCUGAACAUGGAGCAGAUUCUCCUUCCACAUCACGACGCAACUCACGCAAAUCUGCGAAGACAGACGAGGACACGAACAUGGAGGAUGCGCCAGAGGACAGGUCUGAGGACGAACCACGGACGCCAGGCGACGAGCACACGAGCGACGACGGCAACGAUGGUGGUGCAGGUACCCGCUACGGCGAAGACGACGAUGAUGACGACGACGAUCCCUUUACGAGCGGUUUUCUUGGGCGCAAUCCCCAUGCCAGCCUCUCGGCGCUACGACAGCUCACUGGGAUGAUGUCUGGCAAUGCACAGCGGCUGCAAGGCAUUCUGGAGCAGCUCAAGUCACCAGACGUGUCUCUACAGCUGAUUGCUCUACAAGACCUAUCUGAGGUGCUCCUCAUGGCAACCGAAGACAUGCUCGCCGGCCACUUCUCUCCCGACGCAUACGUGAAGGAGCUGGUUAAGCUCAUGCAGCCGAACGAUUUCACCGGUGAGGAGAACCCGGAAGUCAUGCUGCUCGCAUGUAGAUGUCUGGCCAAUCUGAUGGAAGCUCUGCCCGCCGCAACCGCCAAUGUCGUAUAUGGAGGCGCGGUACCGGUCUUGUGUUCGAAGCUGCUCGAGAUUGAUUUCAUUGAUCUUGCCGAGCAGAGCUUGAGCACGCUAGAGAAGAUCUCAGUCGAGUUUCCUACACAAAUCGUACGGGAGGGCGGUCUGACGGCUUGUCUGACGUUCCUCGACUUCUUCGCAACGAGCACACAGCGGACAGCAGUCACGACAGCAGCAAACUGCUGUCGCAACAUUCCUGAUGACUCGUUCGCCACCGUACGUGAUGUCAUGCCGAUCCUGGAGAACAUUUUGAACAACAGCGAUCAGAAGGUUGUCGAGCAGGGGUGCAUUUGUGUGUCACGGAUUGUGCAGAGCUUCAGACAUCAGGAGGAGAAGCUCGAAGAGUUGGUUAGCCCGGGGUUGUUAAAGGCGAUCCUGGCACUUUUGCUGCCUGGCACCACGAAUCUUAUCGGACCGCACAUUCACACCAUGUUCUUGCAGGUCAUUGCGUACACAGCCAAAGCGAGCCCGCGCUCGUCAGCCGAACUGCUCAAAAUGAACGUGGUCGAUACCCUGUACCAGAUCCUGACAGGCGUUUCCCCACCCAGCGGGACAGAAGACGUUGCAACUAAGAUAGACUCGGUUGUCAUCAUGCAGGCAUUGAUUCACCGACCAAAGGAUCAGGUGUUCGAAACGCUCAACGUCAUCUGCGAGCUGUUGCCCGACGUUACGAACGAUGGGCUCUCAUAUCUCGAAGAUCUGUUCGAUGCUGGGUACCCUGGGCGCGACCAUCCGCCUUUGUCUUCCGAGACCAAGAAGACCAGCAACGAGAAGCGCGUGGAACUUUUCGAGGGAUGCAAGACGGAGGUUAAGCGCUUCGCCGUCAUUCUGCUUCCCACCCUUACCGACGUAUAUUCGAGUACAGUGAACCUGAAUGUCCGACAGAAGGUACUCACUGCCCAGCUGAAGAUGCUCUCCAAUCUCGACACCGAUAUUCUUCAGGAAGCACUGCGUGCUGUGCCUUACGCCUCAUUCCUGGCAUCGAUUUUCUCGCAACAAGACCAUCCCACCUUGGUCACAUACGCUCUUCAGGCAGCUGAAUUGCUAUUGAAGCGCCUGGAGUCCAUAUACCGAUAUCAGUUUUACCGUGAGGGCGUCAUCGCGGAAAUCUCUGUCCUGGCCAACCGCCCCAGCAAGGCCUUGGAAGUCCGCACUAAAGAUUCCAAGCCAACGGUUGAUAUAGAGGCUAUUCCAGAAUCCGGCGCCGGCGCAACAUCAACAGCAGAUCAAGGCGCGGUAUGCGAAGCUGCUGACCCUAUGGACGUUGAGACGCACUCGGAAGAUAACGAUGAUGAGGACGAGGGUGAUGAAGAUGAGGAUCGCAACGAAAAUGGUGACGACCAGGAUGAUGAUGAUGAUGAUGAUGAUGACUCUGAUUCAUCAUCUUCAUCUGACCAAAACCCUCUACCACUCCCCAACAUUGACGACAUCAUCACCCUGCGCGCCAAGAAGUUUAUCGAAGUCCAUGAGAAAGACAGCGACAGGCCAGUCCGAGACAAGGCGUCUGCGGUGUUGGACGACCUGAAGUCUCUCGCAAAAGAUCUCAAGGAGUGCACAUUGCAAGGUAAUACGGAUAACUGCUCGGAGUUGUUCACGCGACUGGCAAAAUACUUCGAAGGCGAUGCCUUAGAAAGCAUUACGAGCUACGAGUUGAAGUCUUCUAAGAUCGUGGACGUACUACUAGAACUCUUCUCGACCGACAGCCCCACGACUGGCGCAGAACCACGAUCGCUGUUCCUCGAAGCGUUCAUGGGUGCCAGCAACAAGGAUAAGAUCAAAACCACUAGCAGUGCGUCUCCGGCAACACCAUUCAGUGUCCUGGUGAACAAGCUUCAAGAUCUUUUAAGUAGAUCUGAGCACUUCGAGGUGAUCACCGUACAUCAGAACUCCUACGAUGGCCGCGGCAGCGCACCAAACAUGUUGGCAAAGCAACUUCGACUCAAGCUCGUCGCAGAAGAGGAUUCCGGCAUCCCUAAAUCGUAUCGUAACAUCAUGGUAUCUAUUCACGCCAUUGCUACAUUCAAGGCGCUGGACGAUUACCUUCGACCCCGUAUGCAUGUUGCUGCCGAGCGGCCGCGAGGAAGCAGGACGAGGGAUCAAUUUGCUGCAUACGCCCAAGCUCUUGCGGAAGGACGUGCGCCUCCGCCCCCAGAGACGCCCAGCGAGACUUCCGGUCGGCCAUCAAAGAAGUCAUCAAAAUCAAAGUCGAGGUCGAACGAAGAUUCGGAAGCUGGUCCCAGCUCUGCAUCACGCGAGAAGACACGUCGCUCGAGCCGUCGCCAACAGACGCAGCCACCACCUCCACCGCCACCACCACCACCGGCCCCCAAAGCUCGCUCAAGCAGUAGUCAGGAUCCGCUCGAAUGCGCAGACGAGGGACGCUUGUCCGACCAGGAUUCGUUAGACGAGAACGCUGCGCUGAACGCCAUCGUAGAUGAGCUCGAAGAGGAGCUUGAGAACGAGCUCGAGGAUGCGCUCGACAACGAUGAGUCCGACCCGUCAGCGGUCAGUGUCGAGGUAGCAUCGACCGGUAAGGCUACAGCUCGUAAAGAGGAUGGUACCAGGAUUGCCACACCCAUCCCAGGCACACCAUCAGCGAAACCCUCGGAUCGCUUGAGUACUCCAGCUUCACGCUUGACCGCACUGCUGCAAGACUCUGCCUUGCGACAGAGCCUGUCAUAUGCUGCCGCUGUACAGUCGACGCUGCAAGACUGGCACAUCGAGUUCAGCGUGAACGACCAGCCGAUCUUGGCCGACACAACCAUCUAUCGUGUUGUGCACUUCAAUCAAGCGCAGGCAUCGGACGUAUCUCAACGUACAGUAUGGAACGCUGUUCACACCAUCAAGUUCAAGCGCGUACCUGGCCCACCUCCAGGCGAGGCGUCCUCACAAACCCCACCACCAGAAACAAAGGUUGGAGGCCAGACCAUGCCAGCGUCAUUGGACCACCACCCUAUCACAUCGGGUAUCCUUCGACUACUCAACCUUCUCCAUGGUCUGAACUCCCAUCUCGAUGACGUCCUUUCCGAGAACAAGGAUCAGAUCAAGCUGAACGUUGAGCCGCUUUCGCAGUUCGUGAAUACAAAGCUUACAGCGAAACUCAAUCGUCAACUUGAGGAGCCCUUAAUCGUAGCAAGCAACUGCCUACCGAGCUGGAGCGAGGAUCUUGCUCGCUUCUAUCCUUUUCUGUUCCCCUUCGAAUCGCGCCAUCUCUUCGUCCAGUCCACCUCCUUCGGGUACUCUCGUUGCAUGACGCGCUGGCAAAAUACUCAAAAUUCCAACGAUACCAGGAACGAUCGCCAUCGCGACGAACGACCCUUCCUUGGCAGACUUCAGCGACAGAAGGUCAGAAUUUCUCGGUCAAGGAUUCUCGAAUCUGCUAUGAAGGUCAUGCAACUCUACGGACACUCUCCUAGUGUCUUGGAGGUGGAGUAUUUCGAAGAAGUAGGUACGGGUCUUGGCCCAACCCUGGAGUUCUACUCUACCGUCUCCCGCGAGUUCUCGAAGAAGAAACUCAAGAUCUGGAGGGAGAACGACUCUAACGGCCCGGAUGAAUAUGCCUUUGGAAAGCGAGGUCUGUUCCCGGCACCCAUGAGCGCACAGCAGGCUGCUUCAGAAGACGGCGAGAAGAAGCUUGAGAUGUUCAAGGUCCUCGGAAAGUUCGUUGCGCGGUCAAUGCUGGACUCGCGCAUCAUCGAUGUGUCCUUCAACCCUACAUUGUUCCGACUCAGCGACAGCAGCAGUACAGUCAUCACGCCUUCGCUUGCGACCAUAAAGACCGUCGAUGAGGAUCUUGCAAAGUCCCUGAGGCUGUUGAAGAAGUUCGCAGAUGCCAAGAAGCAAAUCGACGAUGAUCAAGACAAGGCUGGCGGGCAGCGAGCUGAGGCUGCGCAGAACAUUCGCUUCCAAGAUUGCACUGUCGAAGAUCUGGCACUCGACUUCACAUUGCCCGGUUACCCUUCCAUCGAGCUGAUCGAAAAUGGUGCGCAUACAGCGGUGACCAUUGACAAUGUCGAUUUAUAUGUUGAGAAGGUACUCGACCUCACUUUGGGCUCUGGAGUGAAGCGUCAAAUCGAUGCUUUCAGUGCUGGGUUCUCAGAGGUGUUCCCCUACUCUGCAUUGCGAGCCUUCACACCUGACGAGCUUGUUAUGCUGUUUGGCAGGAAUGACGAGGAUUGGUCACUCGAAACUCUCAUGGACUCGAUCAAGGCCGAUCACGGCUACAACCUCGAUAGCAAGAGCGUUCACAACCUGCUCACCACAAUGAGCCAGUACACACCAGAAGAGCGUCGAGACUUCCUACAGUUUAUCACUGGCAGCCCGAAGCUUCCUAUUGGCGGCUUCAAGAGUCUCACGCCCAUGUUCACCGUUGUCUGCAAGCCAGCAGAACCACCAUACACAUCCGACGAUUACCUCCCAUCCGUUAUGACUUGCGUCAACUACCUCAAGAUGCCGGACUACAGCACUUUGGAUGUGCUGCGCGAGAAGCUAAGCGUUGCGGUUAAGGAGGGCCAGGGCGCUUUCCAUCUUUCAUAG